AUUCCUCUGAACUUCUGUGAACAUGGUACUUCUCUAGUACCAAGCACCGUCACUAUGCCCCGUUCGGGACAUCACCUCUCGUACCACACUUGAUGCCAUCGCAGCAGGAGAACUAUAAAUCCAACAGGCUGGAGUCCAUCUGGAAGAUGGGGAACAUGAUGAAAGGUGGGAUCGCCAGGGACAAGCUCGACACUCAGAACUUUGACAGCUCUCAAAAGAAUUCUGAGGACAACACGGUGGUGGUGCUCCAGGAUUACCCGUCUCCUGAUAUCAGCGAACCCAUCUUCCAGAUGGGGGAGAAGCUCCAAGUCCUCGCACAGGAGGUUUACUGGUGGAGGGUUCGAUCCGUCCAAACAGGGAAGGAGAACUACAUCCCCAACACUCAUGCGGCAAAAGUCUAUCAUGGGUGGCUGUUUGAGGGGGUGGAGAGGCAAAAGGCCGAAGAGCUGCUGCUUCUACCUGUGAACCGAGUGGGUGCGUUUCUGGUGCGGGAGAGCGGCAGGGAGAGAGGCCAGUACUCCCUCUCAGUGAGGCACCGGAACAUAAAGCACUAUCGCAUCUUCAGACUGGACAACAGCUGGUACUACAUCUCCCCCCGCCUCACUUUCCAGUGCCUGGAGGAUAUGGUCAACCACUACUCAGACAAUGCAGAUGGCCUAUGCUGUGUGCUGACCUCUCCCUGCCUGUCGGCCGCCGCCCCUCAACCAGUCGAUCCUGCAGCUCCGCCUGUUGUCAUGCGACGCAACUUUGACUGGAAGAAAGUAGACAGGAGACAGCUGGUGAGCACAGAGAGCUGCAGUGACAACGCGGUGAGCUACGGAGUCAGAAACAGCAUCGCCGCCUACCUGUCCUUCUCUGAGACUCAGGACAAUGCACAUUUCCGAGCGAAGAGCAGGAAGAAGAAGAGCAAAUCCGUCUAUGUUGUCCCGAAUAGCGGCAUGCAGCACAGUGAAUUUGACGAAGACUUCUAGAGGCUGCGGUUGGCUUCAAAAAAACUGGAAUAGCUUCAAGCGGAGGUGGCAUCCUUCUCAGAAAUCUACCACUGCUCUAAUGUCAGCAGAGGUGCUGAACAUUCCAAACAACAAACUUCAACGAAAAAAACGCAAAGUGCAUGACACUUUGACUGAACUGAUAAAGAAAGAACACGGUUGCAGUGGACAACAGUGCAAUUGAAAUGUGAUGUGUGUGCAUUCAGCAUAUGAGCCAGAAAUAGUCUUAUUUGCCACUGUGAUUGUAUGAAGAAGACUUGUAAGCUGUCGGCGCUGUUGGGUCAUAUUAAUGUCUAUAUUAUAUUUUGUCGCUUUCAAACCAUCAAACCUAAUCAAACCUGUGGUGUUAAUAAAUGUUGAAUGGUUUAAAAGUCA